AUGCCGCACCACCACCCCUACAACCUCCUCUCCACGCAUCUCAGGGCCCGCGGCGGCAUCUCCUUCUUCCCAAGGCCAGCUCGGCGACUACUACAACCACAGCUCCGGGCCCGGAGCCGGGCCCGGGGCAUCAGCUCGAUAUCGUCAACGAGUAUCAAGGCGUCGCUGCCCACUACCAGCACCACCGCGCGCGCAGUCGUGGCAGACGGGCUCGUAGGCCUGGCGCGCGCUGGGUUUGCGGGCGAGGGGAGAGUAAGGCUUGUGUUGCGGGGCUUGCUCGACCAGCCGGGGGAACAUGAUGCGGGGGUUAGGGUUGCUGUUCUUGGACGGAGCGGGUCGGAGGGGAGACUCGUCGCGGUGCUACUGGCCGACCCACUGUCGACGGAACUGGAGGUGGGGAAGGAACAAUGGGUGAAGGAGAUCCUUACCUGGUCUUCCGCUUGCUCUUCAUCGUCUUCUUCCUCGAGAGGUGCUGGAGGUGCUACUGGUGAUGGUGGUGGUCGUGCCCUAUUAAUUCGCUAUGGGCCUCCCACAAAUAUCACAACCCCCACCGGUUCCCCAAUUUCACUACUUUCAGUGCCAUCCCCGCUCCUUAGAUCCUCUGCCCUCGAGAUCCUUCUCGCGCCCCUGCCAUAUGCACCCCCAGAAGACCUCACGGUCGUCGCUCUCAAGGCGACGGAAAUUCCUGGCGCUCGAGUAAUAGAAUACCCGGUCCAUAAGACGCUCGUCUGGGCUGGCGAGGGUUCAGACGGGCUCUCAACACUUCUUAAUCAGAAAUGCAGUAGCAGCAGCACCGGCCGGGUACUGAAGGCCCUGUCGCUUCCAGUCACGGCCUUCAGCUCCGCUGCACACGACGAAGGUGACGUAAAAAUCGUGGAUCUGAAGAUCGCGGAGGACGCAAUUGCGCAGCUCGAGGAAUCGACACUGUAUGCGUCCACCUUUCAGCGCGAGAUGCUCCAGAGCGGCAUCGAAAAGAUCACGAAAUGGAUCACGGACGGGACUCACAGCGGCCCAGAGGGGGCCGUCAAGCCCGUUGUCAAGGAGCUUGCUUAUUCGAUCAUUUCCGAGGCAGAAGUGUUGCUCCGCAAGGAGGAGGACGAAAUCCUCGCGGCACAAACAGCAAUCGAAAACAGAGCCUCUGUUGCUAACUCUUCGUCCGCACCCAAGGCAGACACAUUCGGCAGCCUAUCGCGCGCGCUCAAGUCCUGGUCUCAGUACGCGCAUGAGGAGCUCCAAGGCGGCCUCGAUGCAGCCUUCAAGACUAAACCAUGGAACGACCUGGCGUGGUGGAAGCUUAUCUGGGCAACCGACGACGUGAGCUCAAACACGCGUGACGUGCUAGCCGCUGGGUUUCUUACAGACUCAAAGAAGAAAUUACUGUUUCUCGCCGGGCGCUUCUCGGGCGCCGGAUACCACGGGGACGGCAAGGGGACGACCCCCGCGCAUGCCCCAACUUCGGUGGAGGAGGAACUUGCAUUCAAUCUGGGUAAUUCUGAUGCUAAUACUGCUACUAAUGUGGAUUUGGAUGCGGGAAGGAGAGAUGGUAAGUAUAUAGGCGGCCCUAAGUACAGCCCGCCGUUUAUUGCGCAGGCAGUGGGCGACAUUGUUAGAGAUAUGGUGCCGGUACUGCAGUCGAGUGCGAAUAGGCUUCUAUUGAAGAGUGCUUCGCUAUCCGCGAGCGGAGCCCUAGUCUCGGCGAUGUUGUAUGCUUUGGAGAUUUCUGUGUACUCGAGCUUGAGCGCUACGGCGGUAGCGGUGGUAUAUAGCGCUAGGCUACUUCAGACAAAAUGGGAGAGGGAGAGAGGGCAAUUCCAAGAUGCUGUGAUGGAACGUGGAAGAGUUGCCAUUGCGAAGACCGAGAGAUGGGGCUGGGACAGGCUGAGAGAGGGCGUAAAGGUCGAAGAACACGGAACCAUUGAGGACGAGGGCUUGAAGAGGAUCAAUGAUGGAAAGAAGAUCAUUGAAAGUGUCAGAAGUGCUUUGGAGAAAGUGUAA